UCCAUAAGAAAACACGCAAAAGAAAUAGCAUAAAAUUAAAUAAACCAAAAUAAAAAAGGAUCACGUCCGGUCUGCCCUACAGCUUCCGGUUUGUAGCUUAUCAGCAGACGACGCGCCACCCUACGAGUUCCGUGAAUGAGGAAAAAAUUUUUUUUUUUGUAUACAUACACAUAUCAACGGCGUAUCAUAACAGUGUGUUAUUCUACUUAUCUUAUCUAUCCGAUUGUGCAUGUGUGUGACCGUGUGUGUUUCCAGUGCGUUCGUUCCAAGAGCUAUUUCAAAUUUCUGUGAGAAGACUAUUCUCGGAUCCAAUAGUAAUUUUCUUCAUUCAAGUAUCUCGUCUACAAUAUACAUGCAUUCCUCUCGAGAUGAUGUUGAGUCUGCGUCUGUAUUCGCUUGUUGUUUGAACGCGCGCCUUCCGAAGAGUUAAACAGAGCCACAUUCUCAUGGUGGUCUAUGAAACAAUGAUAGAAACGGUGUCCAGCGAAAUCACUCGUAGCCAGCAUGAAGUCAAAAUCCCAUACCAAAGCAGAGAGUGAUUCAUUAUAUAAUCAAACUGUUGAUGAUCCUGGACCUAAAGACACAUUGCCUCCAGCGCGCACUUGGAUAGAGUCGAACUUCCAAAAGAGGGAAUGCACCACAUUCAUACAAUGUCCGAUAGAUGAACAAAGAUGCAGUUGUGGUCGACCCAGCACAUAUCAUGGUAUUGCGACUCUGGAUGUUCCCAACUCAGAAACGUGGCUGCCCUCAAGACACACACGUGCCACAGCGACGGAUGCUUUUGGUACACUCGACUUUCAAGGAGGAGCAUAUUCCACCAAAGCGCAGUACGUGCGUUUGGCACACGACACAAGGCCGGAACGGCUGUUGCAGCUCUUUACCAGGGAAUGGAACUUGGAACCACCGAAGCUUCUAAUCACUGUGCAAGGUGGCAAAGCGAACUUCGAACUUCAGCCGAAGCUCAAGAAAGUGUUGCGCAGCGGAUUACUCAAAGCUGCGAACACCACUGGUGCUUGGAUCUUCACCAGCGGAACAAAUACAGGUGUAACACGACAAGUUGGAGAUGCCCUCCUAACAGAAAGAUCUCAACGUAGUGGAAAAAUCAUAUCCUUGGGAAUCGCACCUUGGGGAAUUAUUGAGAACAAUCACGAAUUAUUAGGAAUUAACAGGGACGUACAAUAUCACUCCAUAUCCUCACCUAGAUCAAGAUUAGCCGUUUUAAACAAUAGACACUCAUAUUUUCUCUUAGUUGAUAACGGUACUCAGGGAAAGUACGGUGCGGAAAUAGUAUUAAGAAGGAAACUAGAGAAGUUCAUAUCCAUGCAAAAGUUGCACCCUUGUCAAGGUAUAGGUCUUGCGCAAAAAUAUCAUCCCAAUGGAACUGAAUAUACUUACAGUACUACGCCCGUAGUAUGUCUUGUGAUAGAAGGAGGUACAAAUACAAUAAGGGCUGUGCUAGAAUACGUGACAGAUGAUCCUCCGGUUCCUGUAGUUGUGUGCGAUGGAUCAGGAAGAGCAGCUGACCUUAUUGCUUUUAUGCACAAAUAUGCUUCCGACUCUGACGAUAUAAUAGAAAACAUGAAAGACUAUAUUUUGACGUUAAUACAGAGAUCCUUUGAAGUAGACCUGAAUAAAGCGGAGUGUUUGUACGGCGAAUUGCUUCAGUGCACAAAAAGAAAGAAUCUGAUCACGGUGUUCAGGAUCUCGGAGCAUCUGGAUUCUAGGUCGCAGGAACUGGACCAAACUAUUCUGACCGCCCUCUUCAAGGCACAGCACUUGACGCCAUCGGAACAGCUCUCACUUGCUUUGACAUGGAACAGGGUGGAUAUCGCCCGAUCCGAGAUCUUCGUUUACGGACAGGAAUGGCCUGAAGGGGCGCUCGAAGAAGCCAUGAUGCAGGCGUUGGAACACGACCGAAUUGACUUCGUUAAGUUGCUGCUUGAGAAGGGUGUCGGGAUGAAGGAAUUUCUUACAAUACCGCGUCUCGAGAUGUUAUAUAAUACGAAGCAAGGUCCGAGCAAUACCUUGUGGUACAUCCUGAAAGAUCUGAAAGCCAUUCCGGAAGGAUACAACUAUACUUUACACGAUAUUGGAUUAGUUAUUAACAAAUUGAUGGGUGGGGCUUAUAGAGCGUAUUAUACUAGACGAAAAUUCAGACCAAUCUACGCCAAAGUGAUGAAUAAAAAGCCCAACAACCGUCAUUCAUCUUCAUUUGUUAAGUACUGCGGAAAUGCAAUGAGUCUAUUGGCUGAGACAUUGCCAACGAAAGAUGGACUAUGCUCCUUCGAAUUUCCCUAUAAUGAAUUAUUUAUUUGGGCAGUUUUAACGAAGAGACAGUGUAUGGCUCUUCUAAUGUGGAGUCGUGGCGAGGAAGUUUUGGCCAAAUCCCUUGUCGCCUGUAAAUUGUACAAGGCAAUGGCUCAUGAAGCCUCAGUGGACAUGGAAACGGAAGUUUACGAGGAACUUAGAGGUUACGGCAAGGAGUUUGAAACUAUUGCUUUGGAUCUCCUAGAUUAUUGCUACCGCAAGGACGAUGAUUUGGCUCAACAGCUAUUGACUUGUGAACUUCGGAACUGGUCAGGACAAACAUGUCUCAGUCUUGCAGUUGCGGCCAAUCACAGAGCCCUUCUUGCACAUCCUUGUUCGCAGGUGAUACUAGCCGAUCUUUGGAUGGGCGGGCUGAGGACCAGGAAGAACACCAAUCUCAAGGUCAUCCUGGGCCUUGUAUUCCCACCAUACAUAUUCAGGUUAGAGUUUAAAACGGUUGAAGAGCUCCAGUUGAUGCCGCAAACGCAAGAAGAACAUUUAGAAAAUGAUGACGACGAUGACAGUUCAGAACCGGACAAAAGUCCAGACGCCGAGAAUGGCCGAAAACGUUCAUUGGUUAUAACAUCGCCAAUACAUCAUUUUUCCGUUCAGAACAAGAAAGGCCGAAAAUGUUCAUUGAUUAAAACCACAGCAAUACACCAACUUUCUCUACACAGCAAGACUCUACUAUCGGACAAUUUUAUUCGGAGAGACACCAUUGUCCAAGAAAACGGAAGAGUUUUUCCGGAUUUAGAGGAAACCAAGUACUCAUUCACGUUCGAGGAGAAAAGUCUGCAGAAGAAAAGGACGAGACCCUUGAAAUUAAAGAAGAAAGUAUAUGAGUUUUUCACGGCACCAAUAACCAAAUUUUGGGCUAAUUCCAUUUCGUAUUUGAUUUUUUUGAUCAUCUAUAGUUAUAUGGUUCUGGUGCGGAUGGAUCAGACGCCGAGGUGGCAAGAGUACGUGGUAAUUUCCUACAUUUGUAGUUUCGGUUGCGAAAAGAUUCGUGAAAUUAUUUCCUCUGAACCAGUGGCGGUGCGUCACAAAUUGGCGGUUUGGGCUUCGAACAUGUGGAAUCUGUGUGAUGCAUCGGCAAUCACGUUCUUCUUUAUUGGCUUAGGUUUUCGGUUAAAACCUUAUACAAUGGAGGUGGGCCGUGUCAUGUAUUGCGUAGACAGUAUUUACUGGUACCUCAGGAUUCUCAACAUCUUAGGUGUUAAUAAAUAUUUGGGACCUCUCGUUACUAUGAUGGGAAAAAUGGUUAAGAACAUGAUAUACUUUGUGGUGUUGUUGCUGGUGGUGUUGAUGAGUUUCGGAGUGAGUCGGCAAUCCAUUCUAUAUCCUAAUAAAGAAGCUAGCUGGAGGAUUGUUAGAGAUGUUUUUUUCGAGCCGUAUUUCAUGUUGUACGGAGAAGUGUUUGCCGAUAGAAUUGAUCCGCCUUGCGGUGGUGAGGGAGAAGAGGAGUGCUUGACGGGACGUUGGAUUAAUCCAGCGGUGAUGUCUAUUUACCUUGUAAUUGCCAACAUCCUGUUGAUAAAUCUGCUUAUCGCGGUAUUCAAUAACAUCUUCAUCGAAGUCAACGCUGUAUCGCACCAAGUUUGGAUGUUCCAGCGGUUCACUGUCGUUAUGGAAUAUGAACAGAAGCCGAUACUUCCACCUCCUGUAAUACUCAUUUGCCACAUGUACUUAUUAUUCAAAUAUUUCAAGAGGAAAAGGAAAGGCCUGAGGGAGACUUACGAUAACGGACUGAAACUUUUUUUGGAACCUAAAGCCAUGAACAUGCUGUACAAAUUUGAGGAGGAGUGCGUGGAGGGCUACUUCAGCGAGCAAGAGAAAAAACAAUCGCAAAGCAUGGAGUAUCGGAUCAAAGUCGUGAUUGAGAGGAUGGAGUAUCUGGCCCAAAAAGUGGAGGACAUUGACACAAAAGUGAACACGCAAGGGACUUUACUGCAGAAUAUCGAGUUUCGCUCGAGGAAAAUUGGCGAGGCUUUCAAUGAACUAGCGGAAAUGAUGCACAGGUUCCUCGCAGCCAAACGGAUGUCGGAUGAUAAACAAACGCUGGCGCCGGAUAGAACAGGCGAUAGGUUACGAAGAAGCAGUGAAAGAUCCGACGCUCCUUCGGAUGAUUCACACGGUUUGCUACAGCCGCUGAGGAAGAGGCCCACCAGAUCUUUGACCGAGGUUCGGCCGGAUGCUUACAUAUUCGACGAUGGAGCUCAUUAUGAAGUUCGAACGGUAGCUGAGGAAAGUGACGAGCACCUGGAAAGCAUGUCAGCAGCUGGCAGCAGGAAGGAGAUACACAUGAUGGAACAAAUAGAACGUCAGAGAAGUAGUGAUUCGAAAACAUCUGUUGAUAGUGAUCGGGGCGACACGGAGGAGGAUGAGUAUAAAGUAUCCCAGGAGACGCUGACCUUGGAAUCGCUGAAAUUUAGGUACGCCCAGAGAAGACGCGAUUCUUUCGGCGGGAGGAGAAACUCCGAAGGUGGUUAUGGAGAAGAAGCAUUUAGCGGAAGCAGACCUAGUUUAACGCGACGACAACUAUCCGAAACGCAAUCCGAACCGGAUAGUUCGGAGCCGAUGGUGAUGGGGGGCGGCAGCAACAGCCUGCAGCUCCGUGCCAUCGUGCAGGAACGGAACGUUGCAUUCGCAGAACCAAAGAUCAAUGUGAUACCACCUUCAUCAUCGAGCAGCGGCUGCAUGUGCGGCAUUGGCACAAGCUCGGCCGGCCCGGCGGUAGUCGCCGCCUCCGUCAGCUCCGCCGCCCCCGCAGGUAAUUCAGCAGGUGGUGGUGUUAGUAAUGGGAACGCGCAGCCACAUAACCCCCGCUCGAUGCUCAUGUCCAUGCACACAGAGUAUACGAGCAUCACCGACGAGCUGGAAUCCGUUUGCGGACUCCUCAGUCCGCCCCGUACGCCCCGACUCCUUUCGCCCCCGAGACCCGGACAAUCGGCCCCCGUACAUAAUCGUCAUCGCCGUAGAUGCGCAUCCGAAAUGUCGAAUCCGGAGUUCGCUUUAUUCAUGGAGAAACAGCAUCUUCGCAGUGCCGAGGAAUACGAUUACAUGUUGAUGGAGGAUCUGAUCCAAAGGAAGUACGACGAGGAUGAGGAUGAACCGGUCGAGCAGAAUCCUGCUCUACUAACUGUGGUGCAGGAAAGCAGGGAAUUCAGGAACUCCUAUCCUGGGCGAUCUCUGCGAAGAGCAAGUGCAAUCGAGGAUGACACAAUGCUGCCGAUAGUCUGCGUGAAUCCCAGACAGGAAUCGGAGGAAAGUUCUGAAAACAUGCCACUGGUUCAACCUCUUCCUCCUAGACCGACGAUCGUCGUCGACUCCUCACAGCUUCCCAUACACGAGGAAGUCGUCAAGAAGGCUGACAGCAAGGCGAGCUUGCACAUGCAAUCGGAAACGAUGUGUUGAAAA